AUGACCAACGGUGCCGCAGAGAAGAAGCACCUAGUGCCACUUCUUGAGUUCUUGCGUUUUGCAUCUGAGCACAGCAGGAGUGAACCAGCCAGAUUUCCAAAGCGGAUCAAUGGUGUUAGUCAGGCGAUAUCUGAGUCGUCUGAUUCCGGUGUAGAUCCAGAUUCGCUCUCGCUGCCGCGUGAAUUUCAUGGCGAGGUUACCUACAGCAGCAGCAAUGACAGGUCUUCAUCCGCAUCGCGCGACAACGCUGUUUUUAUGUCAUCAACUCAAGAACGACGAAAGCGGAGCCGCUCUGUUGAUGAGAUCUCGGAGUCGAUAGUGGGCUCGACUGUGCCUAUGGACUGUGAGCUUGACGUCAUGACUGCCGGAAAGGGCUGUGUCACAUCGAAAUACUUUGACUUUUCACUGCUGGAUCUUGGUGUACAGCCGAUAAUCGCAUCAGCUGUGAGUGUGCUUACCAAAGACGUCGCAAAGCAAGUACAAGGUAUGAGGUGCUGCUACGUGCUUCCUGGUACUUCUAUGGUUGUGACAGGUGAUAUUGUUGAUGUCAGUGUGGCCUCAGAAACAGUUCUUGUUUCUCCUGACCGCGGAUUACGAGUCGGUCUGGAAUGGAUCUCUAUUCGGCGAGUUUUCCAGGUGCCAAAGAACAUAUUGGCCGUGCGGGGAGAAGCGGCGUUACGAAUUCAGCGCAUCAUCGAUGCAGAGCGGCGAGGGGAGAAGACACCAAGGUUUUCCCCUGUUCAGCUGGCUGAAAGCGCAGAGGACGCAUCAUCCUCUGAGUCAUCCAUCAGCCAUGAGGAAUUGUAG